AUGGACGAAUAUAGAAAAGAACUGGCAAGUGUGAAAGAUGAAAUUAUGAGAACCGAGAUACAAAUUCGGAACCUGACAAAGCGUCAUUCGAAUUUGCUGCAAAAGAAAGAAGAACUUGAAUAUUUAAUUACUGAAUGCAAAGUCAAAGCUGAAGAUGAAGGCAAAGUCUGGGAUGACACAAAUUUUCCAUGGAGUGAUAAACUGCAGAAUAGGAUGUCAUCUGUGUUCCAUAUUGAGAAACUGCGUCCUUUGCAGUUGGAGACAAUGAAUGUAACAAUGUCUGGCAAAGACUGUUUCUUAAUCAUGCCAACAGGAGGUGGGAAAAGUUUGUGCUUUCAGUUACCAGCUCUUAUCAGCAAGGGUAUCACAUUGGUUGUCUCACCUCUGAUCUCUUUGAUUGAAGACCAACUGGUUUCCCUCGAAAUGCAUGGUGUCGAGGCUUGCACCUUGAAUUCUGCAACAGGAAAAGAAGAGACCAAUAGAAUUAUGAAUGCCAUGUUGGACCCGAAUGCGUCCCUGCGAUUACUUUAUGUGACACCUGAAAAACUUGCAAAAAGCAAACGCUUCAUGGCCAGGCUGGAAAAGAUGCACAAAGCCGGAAGAUUUGCGCGUCUUGUUAUUGAUGAAGUCCAUUGUUGCUCUCAGUGGGGACAUGAUUUUCGGCCAGAUUAUAAAUUUCUGGGAAUCAUGAAGACCCAAUUUCCAGAUGUCCCAAUUCUUGGACUGACUGCAACAGCCUCUUCAAAAGUGAUUACUGAUGUCAAGAAAAUCCUUAAUUUGCCACAUAGCUACAUCUUCCGAGCUUCCUUUAACAGACCAAAUCUUUUUUAUGAGGUACGAGAAAAGCCUAUUGCUGCCAAAGAUGUGCUGAAUGAAAUCAGUAAUUUGAUUCAAGGAAAAUUUAGAGGCAAAUCUGGCAUUGUCUAUUGUUUUUCACGAAAAGAAUCUGAGGAUGUGACAGUUGGCCUGCGUGAACUAGGAGUAAGAUGUGGGUGUUACCAUGCAGAUCUUGACAAUAUGGAUCGAAAGCGAACGCACAAGGCUUGGCUCUCAAAUAACAUCCAGGUAAUUGUGGCCACAGUUGCUUUUGGAAUGGGCAUUGACAAACCCGAUGUAAGAUUUGUGAUCCACCAUUCACUCAGUAAAUCCAUGGAAAAUCUUUACCAGGAAGCUGGAAGAGCAGGUCGUGAUGACAAGUUCUCUAAUUGCAUCAUAUAUUACCGCCUUCGAGAUGUGAUGCGUCAAAGCACCAUGGUCUUUUCAGAACAAAAAGGAAUAGAAAAUCUAUAUGGACUCAUGGACUAUUGCUCUGAUAUUGAAAGAUGCAGGCGCACAAUGAUUGCAAACCAUUUUGGGGAAAGCUCUGGUCCCAUUGACUGCAAUAAGAUGUGUGAUAUUUGCAAAUCUAAAUCUUUUUAUGUUUUUAGAGAAAAAAAUGUCUCUACUCAAUGUCUGGAUAUCCUGAAGCUGGUGACCCAUGGUGUGAAGAUUGACAAGAAACUAACCUUGAACAAAUUGUUGGAUGCCUGGUUUGGCAAAGGACCUCCAGGUUCCAGACUGAAAGAAGUGAAACCCCCAAAUCUAACGAUGGAAACCUGUGAAAGGAUCGUCGCCACCAUGUUAAUGCGGGGACAGUUGAAAGAAGAAUUCCAUUUCACUCCUUAUUCAACGAUUAGCUAUUUGAUAGCUGGUCCCAUGGCAUCUAUUUUAAAAGCUGGUCAAGAAUUUUUAAUGAAGUUUCGUGUGAGAAAAGCUCCAGGCUCUUCUGAUUCUCUUUCUGUUGGUGACUCAAAAGGUAAAAACAAAAGCAAAAAAUCUAUCACUCUCUUGGAGAGCGAUGAAGAGAAUGACAAUCGUCGAGACGUUUUCGGCAGCACGGCCGAGGCGCACGGCCGAUGCGCACGGCCGAGGCGCACGGCGAAGACUGGCAGCCGGCCGGGUUCGGCGGCUGCCGCUUCUCGCGCGCCCGCGGGACCGGACCCACGUGCGCGGCAGCUAGCUCGCCCGCAUGCCUACCGCCUUGCCCCCGAGACAGGCAGGCAGGCAGGCAGGCAGCUGGCUUUGACAUUGCUUUUCUUUAAGGUUCGGUCGGAAUUCAGCAGACAAUCGUCGACGCGUUUUCGGCAGCCCGCACAGUAA